GGCAGCCAUGUUGCGCGGGCUGGGCAGCUGGCUGGGGCUGGAGCGGGCGGGCGAGGAGAAGCUGCUGCCGUCGGCCGAGGAGGGCGGCGGCCCCGCUGAGGAGGAGGAGCGGAAGCAGCGGGAGGAGGAGGAGGAGGAUGAAGCCGUGCGGAGCCAGGAGCCGGCGGACUCGGAGGCGCUCCUCAGCCAGGCCAAGGGACUCGGCAGUUACCUCUUCAAUUUUGCCACUGCUGCCACAAAAAAGAUAUCUGAAUCUGUUGCCGAAACAGCACAGACCAUAAAGAAGUCUGUAGAAGAAGGAAAAAUCGACAGUAUCAUUGAUAAGACGAUUAUUGGAGACUUUCAGAAGGAACAAAAGAAGUUUGUCCAAGAACAACAAACAAAAAAAUCAGAAGCAGCAGUUCCUCCAUGGGUAGACAGCAAUGAAGAAGAGACAAUUCAACAACAAAUACUGGCCUUAUCAGCAGAUAAACGAAACUUUCUAAGGGAUCCUCCAGCAGGUGUUCAGUUUAAUUUUGACUUUGAUCAAAUGUAUCCUGUUGCGAUGGUGAUGUUACAAGAAGAUCAGCUUCUCAAUAGGAUGAGGUUUGAUCUCGUCCCUAAACAUGUAAAGGAGGAGGUGUUCUGGAGAAAUUAUUUCUACAGAGUGUCCCUAAUUAAACAAUCUGCACAGCUCACCGCGCUUGCUGCUCAACAGCAAGCAGCAGGGAAAGAAGAGAACAAAGGCAGAGAAGAGGAUAGUCAACUGACAGAAACAAUACGGCCAAAAACACCACCUGUUACAAUAAAGCCUCAGAUAAAAUCUCAAGAGGAUGAGGAAGAGAUUUCCACAAGUCCAGGUGUAUCAGAAUUUGUGAGUGAUGCCUUUGAUGCCUGUAAUUUGAAUCAGGAAGACCUAAGAAAAGAAAUGGAACAACUGGUGCUAGACAAAAAGAGAGAAGAGACCUCAGUAGUAGAAGAAGAGACUGCUGAUUGGGAAAAGGAAUUGCAACAAGAGCUUCAAGAGUAUGAGGUGGUGACAGAAUCAGAAAAACGUGAUGAAAACUGGGAUAAAGAAAUAGAAGAAAUGCUGCAAGAAGAAAGUUAAGCAUUUUCACAAAAUCACUAUAACCCUAAACUUUUUCUGAAAACUGACAUGGAUUUCUGCUUUCAUGUUUUGUUUCCUAAGGAUCUUCAAAAGACGUAAAAGAAUCUAAAAUUGUUAUAAUUCCAUAUUGGGAUACAACCAGUAUUUCUGUUCUUUAUAUGAGCAAUUUCUGAACUUCUUCAUUCUUUUAAAGAAAAAAAGACAGUCCCUGAAAACAAUGCUUGUAUCGUGUUUGCACUCUGAUCCCUGUAUAAUCUGUAAAUGUGUAUUAUUUUAAGGUACUUGUAGCUAGUAGCUUUCAUGUGUAUUUAACUUCCUUAACAUAUGUAGCCAAAGAAUGUAUAGAAUACCCUAUCAAUUAACUUAUAAUGUUUAAAAUACUCGUUCCGACUCCAAAAGAAGUACUGGUUUAUUAUUGAUCAGAUAUGAUUAACUGGCAAACAUUUAAACAAGAACAGAGUUUCUACCUUCUCGAGUUAACCUGUUGUUUUUAUUAAAUCAUCAUAUUAAGAUACUGCCUUUUCCCAUAGAGGAAAACAGUUUAAUGCAUUCUUUAUUUGGAUAAAUGCUAUGUUUCCAUUUAAUUUUGCCGAGUGAGAAGAAAUUAAAUGUUUCUUUUUAAGUGCUGAAACAUUUAUGUAGAACUUUGGCUGGUUUGGACAUCUUUAUUAAAUACUGUAGAUAUGUAUAAAAUUGGCUCAUUUAUUUGGAGGGAGGGCAUGGUGAGGGACAAAAGUUUCAGACUUAAUGCAGUUUUCAAAACUAUACUUUGUCACCGUGUUUAAGAUGUGGAGUUUAAAUAAAAAGUUUUCUUUAAAGGA